AUGCCCACAUCUCGUGCAGCGCUCACGCGGUGUGUGUGCGAGGAAUGCAUUAGAAAGGGAGGAUACGACGAGAAAGGUGCACCAAGAGGGGUGCUAAUAGCAGAACAUUCAAUCUCGGCCCAUCUCCAGCGUGUAAAGGCAGAAAGCCUUUUGUCUACCAUCGCUGGUGAAUCUUCCAUCUCCUCUAUCACCCAUAAUCUCGGACAUUUGUCCCUUACUGCGGAUCAUUCCCAGCCCCCAUUGCUCACAUCUGCGACGACAGCAUCAACCAAUCUGGAUCACCCAGGACCAUCCAAUGUUCCUGCUGUUCCUGUUGCCGCUCUGUCAGAUAGACUUGAGUGGUUGAAGCUGUCAGAUUCCAUCUCAGCCCUGCCGAUAAAAAAGGCUGACAGAGAGACUACAUCAAAGCUGAAACACAGUCAGCGCACAUUGAAAGCAUUGCAGAUUCUUGCAAAUAUUGAUUCCCAGAUUCAACGGGGCUUUCGCUUAUCAUUGCAUCCCUACAACCUUGAUAACAUUGGUCGCGAGCUAGCUUUGCUUCGCACAGCCAUCGAAAACGUCAAUGGAGGGGCAGAUGUUGUAAUUGCCCAAAAAAAGGCAAUUGUAAUGCAGAUGGAUGACUUGGCUACCCAGCUCGCCAGCUACCAGGAUGUGCGGCAAGUACCCCUCGAGAUCAAUACUGACGCUCUGCAGCAAGCCCCAGUUGACUGCUCAGAUGAGAUCAGCCAAAGUUGUCAUGGGGGUCAGCAGGCGGAGCUGUGA